CUGAAACGGCCACACUGCAACAUUUUUCAUAAAACAAUCUUGUUUUGAUAUUGGUAAAUUAAUUGCCAGCAAUUAGUUUAAAUUGUGUGUAAAAUAAAAGGCCAACUGGGCAGGCAACAAGUAAACUAAUCACCAUGGAGGCGGUGCCCCGUUUGCAUAUGCUCUGGUUCGCCCUAAAAUCGAGUCCCGAGGGAACCUCCUUUGCGGCUUUGAAAAAGUACAUCGCGGAAUUUUAUCAUGAAGAUCCAGAGGCUUACUCCAAAGAGGUCCAUGCCCUGGAGACUUUGCGCAACCAGGCCAUGCACACCACGAAAGAUGGAGCGCCGGUGAUGAAACGCUACUAUUGCCAGCUACACGCCCUUCAGAAUCGAUUUCCACAGCUGGCGGAUCGCGGAAUCUUCACCUUUAAAUGGAAGGAUCUCUAUCACAGUGCCGUUCACGAGGUCACUGAUCUGCGAUUCGAACGGGCUGCGGUGCUGUUCAACAUUGCCGCAUUGCACACUCAGUCCGGAGCGUCGGUGACCCGUGGCGAUGUGGAUGGAAUGAAGAUGGCCUGCACUCACUUCCAGGCGGCUGCUUGGGCCUAUGGAGAGCUGAGAGAACGCUAUGCCAAUGUCAAUGGCGGAGGGGAUUUUAUGACCCCAGAGCUGCUGGUCUUUCAGCAACAGGUGUGCUUUGCCCAAGCUCAGGAAUGCAUACUCGAGAAGUCGCUAAUCGACAAUAGGAAACCGCAUAUUGUGGCCAAAGUGACGGCGCAGAUUGUGGUUUACUAUGGAGCUGCACUGGCUGCUCUUCUUACGGGAGGAGAUGAUGGUCCAGUGGCUCAAGUCAUCGAUAGUUCUGUGUACAAACUGUGGAAGAAGUACGUUCGCUUCAAGAUCAACUAUCUCACCUGCAUAUUGUACCUAUACCAGGGCCAACAUUCCGAGGAGAAGCGUCAGAUGGGCGAAAGGGUGACGCUCUACCAGGCUUCCUGGGACAAACUGGAGGAGGCGCGCAAAGAGUCCAAGGGCCUUCCUGACCAGCGGGAAAUCAAUGAAUCCCUCAGCUUCACCGCUGAUGUGGUGGAAGCAAAGCGCAAAAAUGCCAAAAACGAAAAUGAGUUCAUUUACCAUGAGGCGGUGCCCGAAUUGUCCACCAUUGCAGCCGUCCAAGGUGCCAAUUUGGUCAAUGGGAUUGGCUUUCAAGUAAGCGACGAGGAGCACGCGGGUCCAGACAUCUUUGCCAGAUUAGUGCCCAUGAAGGCCCACGAAGCCAGCUCGUUGUACAGCGAAGAGAAAGCCAAACUUUUGCGUAAGUACGGAGCUCUGCUGGAGGAGAAGGACACCCAACUGGAGUCGUACAUGAGCUCCCUCACCCUGGAUAAUCUGAAUAUCAACGAGGAGCAAGCCAAUAAGUUGCCCCAGGGCAUCGUGGAUCGCUGUGCCGCCUUAAAUGCAAACAAGACUGCUAUCAGCGAUCUUGUAGAGGCCAUGUCUCAGCUGGCUGAGAUUACAGCCGAUGUGGAGACCAACCUGGGCGAGAUUUCAAGCAUGCUGGAGGCAGAAGCCAAAGCGGAGCGAGAGUUCCAAUCCGCCACCGGCGUUCAACGAACACCAAAUGCCCACAUUACCGAGUUAUCGCGAGAGUUCCAGAAAUACAGUGAAGCCCAUGCACGGGCAGGGGAAUCCAAUAAUACCUUGCGGAAAGCCAUGAGCCUGCACGUAAAUAAUCUAAAGAUCCUGGCCAGACCAUUGCCUGAGAUUCAGCAACUGAUGCCCAAACUAAGUUCGGAACUGAAUACCACCGAAAUUUUCAGGGAUGUGAAGCUCAUCCUCAACAAAGUCAACGAAAUGAAGGCGCAACGUGCUCAGUUUCAUGCGGAUUUGAGGAUAGCCAUCAAUGAGGAUGAUAUCACUGGCAAAGUAAUUGCCCACGGUGGACAGGAGGGCCUCCAAGCUUUAUUUGCAACCGAGCUGGGCAAGCACGACAAGAUCACCGAACUUCUCGAUCAGAAUAUGGUGGCUCAAGGUAAUAUUCUGCAAGCUCUAACUGAAAACUAUGCCAAGGCGGCACCAGUUUUGAAAACGCUCCAGGACGUGAAGCAGAAACGGGAGCACUUUUACAGCUCGCUAGCUGCAUCCUAUGAUGUUUAUGAGGAUCUGCUGGCCAAAUCCGCCAAGGGCUUGGAAUUCUACAAGAAACUAGCCGGAAAUGUACAGAAGCUACUUACCAGAUUUCGAUCCGCCAGGGAUGUACAGUCCGAAGAGCGCCAGCAAAGGAUGCAGAGCGUUAAGGCCGCAACAACUCCAGUUGUCAGCAAACCAAUAGCGGAAACUACGCCUGUGCCAGCGGUGAGCAGCACCCCCAAAUUAAGGGAUUACCUCAAGGCCAAGGCAGCGAUGGCGGAUGCCUCGAAUCCCGCCUAUGUGCCUACAGUGCGUCCAGUGCCGGUGGGCUCGGAGAAUCCCACGCAGGCCGCUUGUUCCUAUGCCACUGCACCACCGAAUGAGCCACCUCCACCCUAUAGUCUCACACAGCAGCAGUAUUUUGAUCCCAGUGCCGCCGGCUACACGAAUCCCAUGUAUCAGCAGCAACAGCAGCACAUUGCUCCACCGGCCUACAAGGCCCAAGCAUCGCCAAACUCUCAGACCCUCCACGGAGCGCUCGGUCAGAUGAAUUUGCAGGGCCAGUCGCAGGAUAACAACCAAGCAGGCAUGGCUUAUAAUUACGGGUAUCCAAGUGGGUCUGUUCCUCCUCUAGCUUACGCUCCACCCGGAACAGUGCCCGCAAGCUCAGCUUCCCAGGGAUUGAAUAUCCAGCAGCCUCUGUAUGUGGCUACAUCGGGCAAUCCAGUUUCGGUUUCAAAUCCCAGUGAGCUGCCGUCCACCCUGCAGGCACCCUUCGUGGUCAAUCCAAUGUCCAAUCCCUACCAAACAGCGGCAGGUUAUUCAGGGCAGGCUUACCAACAGGUCAAUGCUCAAGCUCAACAGGUGACUUAUCCUACAGCACCAUCGGGCUCUUCAACAGGACAAUCAGCUCAACAGCCCUUGGGUUAUGCGCCAAGUCAGGGGCCACAGCAGCAAGCUGGUGGAUAUCCACAAUCUCAGACACCGCAGCAACAGGUGGGAGCUUAUCAACAGCAGCCAUUAUCAGGCUAUGCCCAACAGCUGACGCCUCAGCAACAAACUGGAUAUUCACAGUCGCAAGCACCGCAGCUCCAAGCGCCCAGCUAUGCCCAAAAUCAGCAAUCGACUGGACAAGCACAGCAGCAACAGACUGGAUAUCCACAGACACCUCAACAACAUCUAGCUGGGUAUGCUCAGUCCCAGCAACAGGCUACAGGAUAUCCACAAUCGCAGACAUCGCAGCAGCAGACCACCGGGUAUUCCCAGUCCCAGACGCCUCAACAACCACUGGCAUAUCAGCAGCAACCAUCUGGUUAUCCACAACAACAACAACAGCAGUCACUUGCUCCGCAACAGCCAUCACUUUAUCCAUCGCAGGCUGUCCAGGCGUCGCCACAACCUAUUCCUGGCCAGCAGGCAACACCUCCGAAUGCUGGGCAACCUUUGCCAUAUCCACAGCAGUACACUGAUCCCAAUGCAGCUCCAGCUCCAGCUCCUGGGGUUUCUUCUGUACCAAGUCCUGUUCCAGUACCGACUCCAGCCCCCACUUCAUCUCAAGCUCAGGUUCCCACAUCUCCGCAUCCUUCGGCCACCUACACCAGCUAUUCCAACCAUCCUGGCUAUAGCUUUAAUCCGCAGACAGGUAAAUACGAGUACAGCAGUGGCUAUCAGCAGGAUACCAGUUCGUUGAAGGGAUCCCAAGCCUCGCAAAGCUACCAGUUUAGCCAGAGUGGCAAGCAGCAGUCGGUGGGAACAACGGACUCAGAGAUUGCCAGUCGCAGCAAUACCGCCACUGGAUUCGAUUCACCUAUCGUGUCCCACACCAAGGUUAAUAUGGCAGCUAAGGACUCCACUUCUGCGAUAGAGGGCAAUGAGUCAUCCAACUACUACUCCACUCCCUAUGGAUACCUUGGCAGUGUAAAUCCGCAGCAACAACCCACUCCUGCGCCUCCUUCGAAUUCAACUGCUUCAAUUUAUAUGCAAAGUGGAGCGAGCAGCACUGCUGAAACCCAGACGACUUCCAGCGGAGUUCCUUACGCCUCCUCCGCGGCUUUGACCAAAGUAGAACCAAAGCCGGAGGCAUUGCCUCCCAAGGUUACCAGCAAUGUGGAUCUGCUUAGCGACCUGGACAUUGACUGCUCCGUUGCUGUUCCGCCGCCAAUGUUGCCGCAGCCUGUUUUGCAGCCCCAGGUGGUGGCCACUCCUACGCCGCCGGCAAGUCAGGUAUCGGUGCCUGUUAAGGUAGAAAGUGUGGCAGAGCACGCUGCUCCCGCAACAGCGGAAAUUCCUGUAGCAGCCACCGAGGGAACUGCUCAAACUCCAGUUACCAUUCCUUCGGGUCCGAAGUGUGCCAGUUUAGAUAACCUAUCCAACUGUUCCGACCUAAGUUCCCUGGAGAACUUUGACUGGGACUCGGUAUCCGUUACACAUUCCGUCAGUGAGAAACAGACCAAGGCAUCUGCCACAGCCAAUGGCCAUUCGAGCAGUUUUGCAUUCCAAUCCGAAACUUUUACGGACGAAAAAACGACAAAAUAUUUCCAAAAGGAGGUGGAGAGCUAUGAAAAAUUACUAGAGAAUUUGCACGUGAAAAUGUUGAAUGGAAAAACACAACUGGGCGCCAAAUGGCAAGAGCUGCAGCAAAAGUUGGAUAAAGAAGCCGCUGCCAACAAGCGAUCCACCACCAUUGCGAAAUUGUUCCCGGAGAAAAAUCGAUCCCUUGAUUGUCUGCCAUACGAUCAUGCCAGAGUAAAGCUGGACAAGCAGACCGAUGACUACAUCAAUGCCGCCUACAUGAAGAACUUGAGUGCCGGCUGUCCCAACUUUAUUGUCGCUCAGACUCCCCAGCCAAAUACCAUCAACGAUUUCUGGUCCAUGAUCUGGUCGGAGAAGUCGCGCACUGUGGUUUGCCUGCACACCCCAAAUGAACUUUUCGAUCCCUACUGGCCGCAAGCUUUGGACCAGCCGACUCAUUAUGAUGAUUACACCGUGACCUGCUUAAAAGUGCAGCAACUUAGCCACUGCUCCGAGUAUCAACUUAAAUUGUCCAUGCAUGGAGCGGACGCAGUGCUGGAUUUAUCUCUACUGCAGCUGAAACAGUGGACCAAGGGGGCUCCAGCUCAACUUCUGGGUGUGGCGGAAAAUGCUUUGGAGACCCAUCGACAACGCUGCAAGGCAGCCAAUGCUCCGCAAUCGCCGCUCAUUAUGAACUGCUUAACUGGUUCAGAGCGUUCCGAACUGGUGGCCAUUGGAGUAUGUGCUAUUAUAGCGACCCAAAACAAGCAGCCAAUUUUGUUAAAUACGAUUGAUGUUUGGUCUCGCAUUUGUGCGCAGCGUCAAAAUUCGCUUAGGGAUUCCGCCAUCCUGGAGCAGUCCAUGCAAAUUGUGCUCUGCAAUGCUCACAAUGUGCUAAACAAACGUGGCAUAAUGACCUCAUAUCAAAUGAAGAUGGCGCCGCAGGUGACAGCCAAGGAGCAGCAGGAGAACAAGGAUCCGCUCAACGAGUUGGAUGCACUUUGGAAGCUGAAGUAAACGACUGAGCCAAGCAACCAACUAAAGAUCUAUGCGUAAUCAAAACGAGUAUUUAUACAAAUAUUUAACUGUGCAGACCUAUUUCUAAAUAUCCAAUAUUGUUUCAAACAAGUUAAGGCAAGAGAAAAGUAUUUAAAGGGAUAUCGAAAACAUGUUUUAUUCUGUAUCGUAAACGUCUCUUUCAACUGUUAUAUAAAUUGUAAUUCGAAAUCGAAACCGAAUCGUGAUGUGUAUGGGAUAUUGUCAAGCGUUUCAAACCACUGUACGAGUAUAUUAGAAAUCAAUCGAACAUUUAUAUCACUUAAAAUAAAAUACAUUAAAAAUC